AUGUCAACGCUCCGGCCGACGCGCCUCUAUCGACUGUAUCCCGCUUAUUGCUUUGGUGCAUCUCCCACCUUCAAUACAUGGGUGAAGCUCACUGUUGCCGAUGUGCAUGCUCUCCGGUCUGAGAAGGACUUUGAAGGACAGCGCAUCUACUUCUACCAUAAUCAUCCUAUUCGAUAUGUUCGCAUAGUCGGCGUUGUUGUAGCCAUCGAUGAUAUCAACCUCAAAUAUACAGUCCUCACCAUCGAUGACGGAAGCGGAGCCAUUAUCGAGCUGAAGAUUGUGCGGGAGAUCCCAGCAGAGAAGAAUCCCGUCGACACUUCCUCGCCCACGGAAAUUGAAAAUGUUGAAGUCGUCAGUCGGCUUGGCGUCUUUGACGUUACAGUAGACAAGCAACCCUUGGACAUUGGAUCCGUCCUUAAAGCGAAAUGCACCAUAUCAGAGUUUAGAGGCAUAAAGCAGCUGGAAUUGAAACGAGUUUCACUCAUCACAACAACAGACGAAGAGGCACGCGCAUGGGCAGAAACCGCUGCUUUCAAGCAAAACGUACUGGCCAAGCCAUGGCACAUUUCCUCGACUGAGCAUAAGAAGAUCAAACACGAUAUCAAGACUGAGAAGAAGCAACAGCGGGAAUACGAGCGACGAAAGGCAGAAUACGAAGUUAAGAAAGAAGAACAUAGACUGGCGAGAGAGGCCUAUUAUGAACAAAGGGAAAAGAAGCUCGAGGCUCGGCGCCGGAAGGAAGAGGUUGUGAUGAACGCUGGUGCCUUGAUUUGA